AUGACGCUCGUUCCUGUAAACUGGGAAAGCGAGAAGCGGAGACAAGGCUGCUCGAUUGGCAACAUUCGAUUCGAUCUAAACGACAUUUGGAACAGAAUCGACGCAAAGCAUGGUGAAUAUGUCCAAGAAGGGCCGAGCCGUAGCGGUCAGGAGCUGCGUCAGCCCAAUAGCUCUUGGGACCGGAAUGUCUCGUCCAUCGACAGCAAGCGAGUCGAGAAGGACUACAUAUUCUGGCAGCAUCAGCAUCAAUACUCGUCUCCGAGGACAAGACUCACUGUAAACUUCUACAGCUACCUCAGCAAGCAACCGGCAAAGUCGGGAACCAAGCUCUACGGGAAGUAUAUGACUGAUGUUCGCUUCAACGGCCGAAUCUACCAGGCCGUCUGCUCAUCCAACGUGAAGCAGAUCGUCGACGAAGGCAUCGGCGCUGUGAUCAGCCCCGUGGGCUGUGGUGCUGCGCCUGUUCAGGUCGAUGAGGUCGCCAUCGGGCCUUCCACAGAGAAGCAGCUCAAGCCAAUGGUCGCUCUGGAUAACGGGAAGCUUCUUAUGAAGACGGUUGACAUGCGGCCUACUGCUCAUGAGGCAGCUGUUUCUCAGCAGCGGUGGAUGUCGUUGAGGAAUCUGGCUUGA